CACAUUUUGCAGCCAUGCCCGCGUCCCCGGCACCUUCGAAACCCCAGCGAGUGCUUGCUUGUUUGCCCUGUCAGCGGCGAAAGGUCAAGUGUGAUCGCGAGUUUCCCUGUGCUAGCUGCACCAAAUUCCGGCUUCAAUGUAUGCCUGCUACCGCGCCUCGUCGACGGAGGCAAAGGUUCCCUGAACGAGAACUGUUGGAUCGGAUUCGGAAAUAUGAGGAUUUGCUAAGGCGGAAUGGAAUUAAGUUCAAGCCACUUCAUGGGGAUGGUGAUAUAGGGAAGGACUCGGAGUCUCCUAAUGCAGAGGGAAAUAAUGGUUCGAAGCAUGAGCAGCCAGAGUCUUCUGCGGCAUCUGGAAACCUUAGACAUGAGUCCAAUGACAUCUGGAAUGUCAUGAGGCAAUCGUCGCAUGAAGCUGUGAAUGACAUCGAGGUUCGAAAAACCUGGGAUCAAGUAUACCCAGAUAAUGACAACCUUCUUUUCGUCUCGCGUAAGACGGCUGUCGAGCUUUCUACCCUGCAUCCUGAACCAGUCCAAAUCUUCAAGCUCUGGCAAACUUACUUGAAUAACGUCGACCCGUUGCUUAAGGUUACACACACCCCCAGCCUACAAGGGCGCCUCAUUGAAGCUGCUGGUGAUGUGGCGAAUAUAAGUCCUACACUCGAGGCGCUUAUGUUCGGAAUAUACUCUGUGUCCAUCACGAGUCUCACAGCAGAUGAGUGCCAGGCUUCGCUUGGUUCCUCCAGAGACAAUCUUCUGGCAAGGUACCAAUCGGGCUGUCAGCAAGCUUUGCUGAACUGUGGUUAUUUGCGAACAAGCGAUCGUGAAUGCUUGACUGCAUUUUAUCUCUUCCUGGUUUCAAUCGGGCCCAGUACAGAUCCCCGGUCUCUGUCCUCCAUGUUCGGAGUUGCGAUACGCAUUGCAUACCGCAUGGGCAUCCAUAGCGAGUUAGCUUGUGCCAAGCAACCUCCUUUCGAGGUUGAAGUGCGCCGGAGGCUCUGGUGGUCUUUGAAACUUCUCGAUGCCCGUAUCAGUGAGCUAGCAGAUUAUAGGACUGUCGCGCUAGAACCUACUUGGGACUGUAGAAUACCUCUUAAUGUGAAUGAUUCUGAUCUAAGACCAGAGAUUACAGAGCCACCGCCGGCCCAGGGUACAUUCAGUGAAGCGCUUUUUGUUGUGGUGCGCAGCGAGGUGGGCGAAUUUGUCCGCCACAGCAGGGUUCGUCUUGGUUUUGCCAGUCUUCCCGUUGCAAAUGACGUUCUUCAAACCGAGGGCAGUAAACUGGACGCCUUGGAGAAGAAUAUUGAAGACAAAUAUCUCAGGUUCUGUAAUCCAGAAAACCCCCUCCAUUACAUGACUAUCUGGACGACGCGAACUUACUUCGCUAAAAACCGCCUCUUGGAACACUAUUUAAGAUGGCCCAACUCAUCCACGGAUCUAACCGAUACCAAACGAGAUGUCGCUCUUUGCCAUGCCAUCAAAUUACUUUCAUCCGAUACAAGGAUCAUGACUUCACCUCUUACCAAGGGCUAUUUAUGGCUUACUCGUUUCUACUUCCCACUCCCCGCAUAUAUGCACAUCCUCCAAGACCUUAGACGACGGCCUAUCUGCAAAUACGCUGAGGGGGCCUGGAAAGCCAUGAGUGAAAACUUCGAGUCCCGUGUUAUAGCUCCUCUAGGCCAAGGAGGGGAUAGUCCUUUUCUCAACAUCUUUUUUAAAAUCGUUCUUCCGGCUUGGGAGGCUCGGGAGGCAAUACUCGGGACAUUGGGUGACUUGUCGAUACCGAAGAUUGUAUUAUUUAUUAGAGAGCGCAUGGCACGAAAGGCGUAUAAUGUACGACCUGCAAACAGAGAACAGGAACAGUCUGUUGCAGAUAUGAGCAUGAACGAUUUACCCAUGUCGAUACCGAUGGGACUUGGUGACUACGAUCUUGGCUUUCUUUAUGGCGCAGGAGGGCAAGAUAUCUAUGCAGGGACAAGUUUCGGCAUUCUCGGACAUCAAUUAGACUGGGCGACAAUGGACUGGGGCUUUGGUGGUCUUCUCACCUGAUAAAUUAGAAGACCACUGGGUUUAUCAUAUUUUGGUUCAACAUCCCACACAAUUUACCUGCAUACCCACUGUAUGGUCGUUAAAAUGCAAACCAUUCGUAUUCAAUGCACGAAGGCGAUAUAAUUCCCUUCAAUCAAAG